AGUUGUUUCAUUGGCCGGACUGAUCGUGAGACGCACCGUUAACUUCGCGCCGAUCGAACGGAUCCUCGUGCGGUACCUUACGACCUCGUGUGUUUACAACUCGUGUUUACAUAAUCGCACGUAAGUCGCGUGACUCUCUGCGAGCUUUCGACGACACGAAUUGUAGCGAACUUUGCGAGGAGUGCGUGAAUUGUUUCAAUGGUGCGGCGACGCGCGAAUUGUCAGAAUGAGAAAACAGUGCGAGUGGUGAAUCUGACGUGACGGUGUCGAUCGUGAAAAUCCCGCACGUGUGUGCAAAUUUUAUCAUAUAUAUAUAUAUUUACACGAGGGGCGAAUUUCGAAAAAAACGCCAAGUCUUCGUCCGCUGAUAAAGAUCGCGAGAGAUACGAGUAUAUCCGAGUGGCCGCGAAUUAAUCGAGUUCCGAUCGCGAGUGCCGGAGUGUGUUGAUUAGAUUAGAUCGAGUGCUGUGCGGAAAUAAUGAAGACGAAGAUGGAGAUAUCGACAACCUUCUUCAUCUCGAUACUGGCGGUGAUCUGCCGCGGUAACGAGCUCAAGGAUUAUUGCUCGAUACACAAGUUCGAUAAUCUACCGGGUGGUCUGAGGUUCACGAAGGAGGUCGUCACCACGGAAUAUGCCAACGUGGGUGCGUUCAAGGCCCUUCACUGCUGCCUCAGGGGAUACAGGAGCAUCGAAUGGUACAAGGAUAACAGGGCGUAUCCUUGGCCGGGCGGAGAGAGUCACUUUAUUCUGUAUCCCGAGAGCGCGAAUCAAACGAUCUACACGCAGGAGAUGAGAGCCUCGGAUGCGGGACGAUACUCCUGUCAGGCACGUAACGACACAACUACUUUGGAAGGCGACAUCACUCUCGCCGUACUCGAUGAAGAAUCCGGUGUCUACACAGGGAAACCUCUACCUACCUACAGACCAGCUUCACAGUUAGUGCCCCUGGGAGGUACAGCGAGGCUCUUCUGCGAGGCUUAUCUGGGUAAGGUCGACCUACCCGACGCCAAGAACUCCGUCACCUGGUCGAAAAGCGACAGCAACAUGACACUACCCAGCCACGGUAGGAUAGCGCAGAAUAGAGUGUCCCGAGAGAACGACCAAAUAGUCGGCUCUUAUUUGGAGAUCGAGGACGUUACUCUCGAAGAUUAUGGCGAGUACAAAUGCGAAGUCAGCAACGGCGUCGACGAGGAGAUCACGUUGCCUGCUCAUCUAUACCGACAAGAACCGCAAUUCGCGUUAAGCCUUCCAAACGGAUCCUGGCGGAAGUCUCUUUUGCUGGCGGUCCUCGUCCUCGUCCUAUUGCUAUCAGCCGGUGCAUUUUACGCGCGUUGCUGGUUGCCACUUGCAUUACUCUACAGAGACAAGUUCGGUCGCCUCGAGGAAAACGACGGGAAGGAAUGCGACGCUCUGGUGUGCUACCACGAGAAGGACUCGAGCCUGGUAAUCGGUAUCGUGAUACCCACCCUGGAGUCUAGGCAUCGAUACAAGUGCACGGCGCUGGAGCUGUCACACCAGAAUCACAAUUGGAGCUUGGAGAUCGGCCCGCACGCCAACGCGGUCCGGCGGAUCAUCGUCGUGCUGAGCCCAGCAUCCCUAGGCAACAUCUGGACGGACGCGAGCGUCGGCGCGGCGCUGAAGCAGCUGUCAUCGUUGCCGAUGAAGACAAUUGUCAUUUCGCUCAAGAGCCUGCCGAGCACGACGAUGACGAUCGCGAAGCGGUCGCGACGCGAUCGUCGCGACGUCGACGCGAUCUCGUUCGAUCGAUUGACGAUCCUGUGCUGGCAGCAGGAUGGCGGCGACGCCGGUAACGGCAACGGGGGCACCGCAUCCUUCGGCAGCGGCGGUCGCAAGUUCUGGUAUAAGCUCAGGUUGGCGAUGCCGGCGAUACGACCGAUGGCGUCCGAGACCGGUUGCCAAUCGGUGGCUAUGAUAGUGCAGGCUAACGGCAAGUGCGGACAGCAAAAGGCCCGCUCGCGCGAGAGUCUGGAGGUCCUUGUUUAGGAUCCUCGGCUCUCCUCUGUAGGUUCGUUCAUUCCGAGCAAUCCUUGCGCGAGCGGAAUCACUCGGUACCGAUUUUCGCGAUGAUCGCGGCGUCGAGAGGAGCUCGAUCUCGAUUCGGAUCUCGCGCAAACAGAUCUCUCAAGAUCCUUGUCGUUCAAAAGGCGUCCACUCGUGUCCUGAUUCGAGGAUUGAUCUCGCGAGAAGGAUCUUUUGGUCCUUGAUUAUCGACUCGAUGCAAAAAUUGUGCGACGAUCUCGAUUUCGAUUAUGCAAAUUUUGCGCGAGAAUCUGCAGCUUUCUCCUCUCUUUCGGAACUUUUACUCCUUUGUUUUUUACCUGAGAUCCCGUAAAAGGACGAUUUUCGGAAAAAAUUGCGUGACUUAAAUUUUUGGCGCGAUUUAUAAAAUGCGUGCGUCAAGAAUGUGAGAAUGACAUUUUGCGUCAUUGAGUGUUUAAUGAAAAUCGAAUCUUUGAGAUUAAAAUUUACAAUCUUGUUUGAUUUUGGCGGUUCGAAUUAUCGCGCGAGAAACAUGAAAGAGCCACAUUGUAGCUUUAUAUUAUCAUGUUAUAACUGCGUUUCUUGUCGCAAACCGUGUCGUAUGAUUGGAAAGCAAAUUCGAUUUUAUUAUCGCACAACAGAAAACAGCUGCACGCAUCAUAAAAAAAAAAAAAAAAAUAAAAAUCAAGCAGAAAUUUUCUCAUAUAAAUUUUUAGAACUUCGAUUCUUCUGAAUUUUGUAGUUUAAAAUUUUACACUCUUCAACCUUUAGAUUUUACAAUCUUCAGUUGUGGAAAAUCAAUUUUAAGAUGACGAAAAAAAUCUCAUUAAAAUCUCUGGAUACACACGAAUCUGCUCGAUUUCUUUUUAGAACACCCUGUAGUUGAUAGGCACGGAAUAAAGGGAAACACCUAAACGGGUAUUUAUAUAUUUUAGCGAGGUGCAACUGUGUUCUCGAUUACAUCUGACUAAUCGACGACGCGAAGCGUGAAUUUGCAACACGAACAUUAAAAACGUGGAGUAACUUCCGUAUAUUUUUUAUUGUCAAACGUCUACUGAAUUUUUAAUAAAGUGUAAAAAUCGAAGAAACAUUCCGACAGCAAAAGAAGCGAGAGAGAAAGGAUUCUUUAGCGAAUAUCUUGCUGGUUAUUAAAAGUGAAUUAACUCAAUUAAUGUCAUUUUGUUUCUUUAUUCGAUUGUGAUUCUUAUUUUUACGGUUUUUUGAAAUUUGUAUAUUUAAGAUGAGAACAUUACUUCUGCCAAUUGAUUGGAACUCUGUGCUAAAAACAAAUUUGAAAGGUACCAAAAAAAGACAAAAUAAAUAACCAUAAUAUAAUAAA